GUACUCCUCCCCGCACUCGUCCAUCAGCCGCAUCCCUCUUUGCACUUUCUCUCUACUCUCACUCUCACUUCUACUCUCACCCCCUCUCACUCAGAACAACAAUGGCCGCCCGCCUCCGCCUCCAGAACAAGGUCGCAAUCGUGACCGGCGCUGCCUCCGGCAUCGGCCUCGAGACCUCGCUCCAGUUCGCUGCUGAGGGCGCCCGCGUCGUGCUCUCCGAUGUGAACGAGGCGGCGGUCCAGAAGGCCGCCGAGCUCGUGCUCAAGAACUUCCCCACUUCCGAGGCGAUCGCCGUCAAGGCCGACGUGUCCAAGGAGGCUGAGGUCGCUGCCGUCGUCGACGCUGCUGUUGCCAAGUUUGGCCGUUUGGACGUCAUGUUCAACAACGCCGGUAUCAUGCACCCCGCUGACGACGACGCCGUCAACACCGAGGAGAAGAUCUGGGACCUCACGCAGGCCAUCAACGUCAAGGGCGUCUGGUACGGCUGCAAGCACGCCGUCCUCGCCAUGCGCAAGAACAAGGCCGAGCCUGAGAAGGGCCUUGGCAUCGGCGGCUCGGUGAUCAACGUGGCUUCCUUCGUGUGCAAGGUCGGCGCCGCUACGCCGCAGCUCGCGUACACCGCCUCGAAGGGUGCCGUGCUGGCCAUGACCCGCGAGCUUGCUAUGGUUCACGCGCGCGAGGGCAUCCGCUUCAACUCGCUCUGCCCCGGCCCCAUCAAGACCCCUCUCCUGAUGGACUUCCUCAACACCCCCGAGAAGCUCAACCGCCGCAUGAUCCACUGCCCCAUGGGCCGCUUCGGCGAGGCUGUGGAGCAGGCCAAGUCGGUUGUUUUCCUCGCCUCGGACGACUCGUCGUUCGUCAACGGCACCGACUUCAUGGUCGACGGCGGCCUCAUUGCGUGCUACGUCACCGCUGAGGGCGAGACCAAGGUCCCCGGCCCGCAGGGCCUCGUCUCCCAGCUCCAGCAGUAGAGCGGGUAAUGCCAGGGCACACUUAGAUGCUGCUAGAGUAGGAUAGUUGUCGGUAAUCACGAGGAGGAUCAUGUGGGCAUGUGACAAGAGUUGCACCAGCG